AUGGAUUAUAUUCAAGACCUCGGGUUUGACGCGAUCAUGAUAUCUCCAGUCACGAUGAAUAUCGAGGGUCUGUCUAAAUAUGGCGAGGCCUACCACGGCUAUUGGGUUCAGGAUCUCUAUCAAUUGAAUCCUCAUUUUGGAACACGUCAGGAUCUUCUUGACCUCGCGAGGGAACUGCAUAGUCGCGGCAUGUACUUGAUGGUCGAUAUCGUCAUAAAUAAUAUGGCUGUGAUACUCGAUGGCAAGCCGUUUACUUCGAUUGAUUACACGAUGUUCAAUCCCUUCAACGACCCAAAAUAUUACCAUCCUUAUUGCAAGAUCGAAGACUACAGUAAUUACACACAAGCACGAAAUUGUUGGAUGGGUGAUGAUGUUGUUGCGCUUCCGGAUCUCAACACGGAGUCCGAAGAAGUCAAUGAGAUGAUGGAGUCGUGGGUCAAGGAUCUCGUUGCCAACUACUCAAUUGAUGGCCUUCGGAUAGAUGCUGCAAAACAUGUGGGCCCGGAGUAUCUUAAGAGAGUUGCCAAGGCAUCUGGCGUUUUCGCCACGGGGGAGGUGUACGAGGGCGAUGUGGCUAAAGUCUGCGACUUUCAAAACCUCCUGCCCAGCGUGCCGAAUUACCCCUUGUAUUUCUCCAUGAUUGAAACUUUUACUGCCGGAAAAACAAAGGUGUACUCAGAAAAGCUUUCCCUGGAAAAAGCAACCUGCAAUGACAUCACUACACUUGCAACCUUCACAGAGAACCAUGACCUUCCGCGAUUUGCAUCUUAUACCAAAGAUAUCUCUCUCGCCCAAAACGCCAUAGUCUUCACACUUCUCUCAGACGGAAUCCCACUCUAUUAUCAGGGACAAGAACAACACUUCUCCGGCGGUGACACCCCAGAAAACCGCGAAGCUCUCUGGACUUCAAACUACAACACUGACGCGCCCCUCUACAAGCUAACAACCACCCUCAACAAGAUCCGCGCUCACGUCAUAAGCGUCAAUGCCGAAUACGUCAUUAACAAAUCAUACAUCACCUAUAGCGACGGUAGCGCCCUCGUUACGCGCAAGGGUGUCGAGGGCAGUCAUCUCACGGUCGUCUAUUCUAACCAGGGCGAGCACGGGGGCCCCUACCGCAUCGACCUGCGCAGUUCAUACGCACCUGGCAUGAUCGUCACGGAAGUGUUAGGUUGCACGAAUUAUACAGUCGAUCCUACAGGGACGCUUGCGGUUCCAAUGGAUGCUGGCUUGCCAAAGGUUAUUUUCCCUGCGGAGAAGAUGCCUGGGAGCGUCGUGGGAAACUCUGAAGAGAAUCGGGGUAUCGAACAACCCUACUGCAUCACUCCGCCCGCUUUAAUAGGAGCUUGGCUCCUUUUUCUAUCAUUCUUUAAGAUCCUGCAACUCUAUGACACGUGUAAUUAA